AUGAGAGAGUCCUUCACCGCAUAUCCCGACAAGCAUGGCUUGAUGGCAACAAUCAGCCUUGUCAUCGAUCCUUCCCAAAAGCAUCUUCUGUGUUCGCAAUGCGCAAAGUUCCAGAUCCGGAUCAUCGCCAAAGACUAUAAUGAGGAGGACGCACUUGGGUUGAUAGCUUCAAAUCACUUCAUCCGCCAAGAAUACGCAGAUACUUUUCCGAACCUCCCAAAGAUGGCAGACCGGGCUGCACAUGGCUGCAGCCUCUGCCGCUUCAUCAGAUCCAGUUUGCUGGAGGAGUACCACAGGCAGGGGCUGGAUUCCGCUUCCCCCCCGGAAUCUGGGCGAAUGCUGUUGACAGCCCAAGUCGAUGAGGAUUGCUAUCAGAAAUCGUCACUAUCACUAUAUAGACGUAGCCGACAUCAAACAAUACUUGUCGAAGCGCCGGGUUUUCAAGCCGAUGUAGGAAGACGAGACAUCAAAUACCAAAUCGCUAUCCAGAUGUUUGAAGAGCCAUCUUUGCCCCUUAGUGAUCCACUCUCAAUGAACAAUGUGAAAUCUAUCAAGCAGUGGCUUCUGACAUGCCAGCGUGAUCACCACAUCUGCAAAUCCAAGCUACAAGGAUAUACUCCGACUCGCAUCUUGAAAAUCAAAAAUGAUAUCCUACAACUCACGAGCGAAAAGAUCGUUGGCGGAGGCUACGCAGCGUUGAGUUAUUGUUGGGGAUCAAUUCCGAAUGAAGAGAACGGCUUCCUAACUACGAGAAGCAACCUAGCCCCGAGAAUGCUUGGUUUCUCAUUGAGCGAGCUUCCGAACACUCUCCAGGAUGCCGUGCGAACGGCCCGUGCUCUUGGUAUCGACUACAUCUGGAUAGAUGCUAUCUGCAUUAUUCAGGAUGAUUCUAAAGACUGGACAAAGGAAGCACUGCUGAUGUCUGAGAUUUACGGCAACGCUCUUGUGACCAUCGCAGCUGCGACUUCUGAAUCAUCCUUUGACGGAUUUUUAAAUCGACAUUCGUCCUAUCGAUGGACUUCGAAAUAUGCUUUCAAAGAGCUUCAAUCAUUUCAUUCGAGUACUCUUUCAGAUAAAUCCGGCGACAUUUACCUGAGGUACCCUCCUGAGACAAGCAUCGACAAGUUUUUGCGGACUUGCCGCUGGGCAACUAGAGGAUGGACUCUACAGGAGGCGCUUCUCUCUACGCGGAUAUUGUACUUCACAAAGGACGUUAUCUACUGCGAAUGUGCUGUAUCGCAGAAACUUGAGAGCCCGGGCCAUAAACUGCCAAAGCACGAUGUGCUCUCUAUGCUUAUCUCCGAGUCAAAGGUUAUUUCAGCGACCGAAAAAGUCUUAAAAAAAGAGACUUAUCUUUCGUAUUGGUAUGGCGCAGUUGAAACAUAUACUCGCAGAAACCUGACAGCUCUGUCAGACAAGCUACCGGCGAUGGACGGGCUGGCUGCAAGUUUCAAAGAAAUGAUUGACGACACGUAUAUCUAUGGUCUCUGGAGGACUGAUCUUCAUCGAGGGCUUCUCUGGCACUCAUGGUCAGGUUUGCCUUCCAAGUGCCAUAAGAAUGAAUACCGUGCCCCUAGUUGGUCCUGGGCUAGUCGAGAUGGACUCGUGACGUGGGACGAGAAAACGCGGCAGCCUGGGUGGGAAUCACUAAUACAGGUUGUGGAUAUUGUUCCUCAUUUUAUGGGUUCUGAUGAAAAUGAGACGGCCUGCGCACACUUAGAGCUGAACGCCCCAGUCGCAAUGCUCAAAGACGUUUUGCUAUCAAAUUGUCCUGAAGACGUGUCAGGAGAGCAGAUAAAGUCGUUUCUGGAUGAAUGGAAUGUUGCCAGCUUACAGGACGAAAACGAGCGUAUUGGGACGUUCAUAAUCGAUGAUGGCUGGGGAACAGAGAUCAGCCUGCACGAGAUACGAAUGAUGCUGGUUGCGAAGAGGGAGAGUCCUCAAAAUUUCCAAGCACUGCUUAUUCGACCAUGUCAGGACAUGAAUGUCUUUGAACGAGUUGGGGCGUUCAUAUAUAUGGAAUAUCAUCGUGAUCCUAGCCAUUCCGAUGAUGAGUACGGGACAUACUUAUGCGAGGACUUGUUAGAGGAUUUCGAACCAUGUCUUGAGCAGUUUAAACCAGGGAGGCUUACCCUUAUAUAG